UUAUUUGUCUAGACCGAUUAGUCAUACGGGUGCUGUGGUCGGACCAUGAAUGCACAGUAAGGCCACGCUAAAUUGUACACUGCAGGUGUGGUCACCACAUGACAGCUACACUGCUAGUGGCCACAGGACUGAUCCUUUCUAUAGAAAAUUUAGGGUGGGUUAAGCAUGUCAAGACGUUUUACCUGCCCUACUGCAUUUUUGCAAAUACAACAAAACUUCAGCCUGUAGAAAUAAUAUUGUAUACACACCAUAGAUUUUGGAAGUUACUAAAAUUGAAUAGAAAUAGAAAACGUAGUCAGGCUGUGUGUAAACGUAUCUUAGUCAGGCUGACUGAAUGUGAAAACAGCUCACAGUGCAAACGAAAUACGACGGAACUUGAUUGCAUGUGGAAUAUGUGUUACUUCUUGUCAAAGCUGUGUGCUGCAAGACCGAGCACUGCUGCAUUCCUGCUGAGAGGCUUAGCCUUAGGGUCUGCACUGGCAGGGGCAGACUCAUCUCCACCACAGCACUGAUGGGAGCAAAGCAGGCGAGCAACAACACGCCUCUUGUGGGAGAAGAACGUUUACAGAGUAGAACACAGAGGUGGUUGCUGCCGUUGUGACACAGAAGUUUUUUGCCAUGAGAUCAUGAUUUAUCCAUCUGGCUUAAAUAACAGCACUAAAAACCCGACCUCGAUUAUACAGAUCAUAUAUAAAAGGCUACAUAUCAUUAACAAUUAUAUUGUGACUUGGGUAAAAAUAAUUUAAAUAAAAAACAAUAAAACUGUAUGCACAACAAAUGAAUUAAAUAGAUGUAAAGUAGACAACAGGUGAAUUAAUGCUUUUAUUAGGUACAAAGACUAUAUGCAUAGCUAUGGAAAGAACUGUUUUGACUUCAUUUAGACUGAUUAAGACAAAUUUUAGAUCAAAUUUUCUCAGAUGUAGACCUGGUCUGACAUCUACACAGACUUUCCUGAAAGUGCAAGAUCUCAGAUAAGGCUGAGACACAAGAUACAUAACUGUACGAUUGCAUCACCUUCUGUCAGUGAAUUACCGUUAAUUCUCUAUCAGCUAGAUAGUUAAUGAUCAACUCCAAUCACUCGUGUCGGUUUUGAAACAAGAAGUCGUAAACACGACGCCCACGACGAAGGUAAUAAAGCCAUCUGCACUUCUUCUUCAAUUCUAAGGCUGAUUAUAAAUUUUGAUUCUAUAAAUGUCAACAUCCAUCAACCCUCAAGCUAAAUUAGAGACCAAAAGUUAAUUAAAUGUUAGGUCGCAAUAAGCCUAAGUGUGUGAAGGAGAGGGAAGAGGGGGGACAGAGGAGGAGAAAGGGGGAGAGAGACCUUGACCUGAGUGUAGGCGUGAACUUCUUCGUGCAUUGCAUGUGCUGUGCAUUGUUCGAGCAUCCUAACAGGUUGUCCUGCUGCUCAGCACCAUCCGACUGGCAAAAGAACUUUAUCACACCGUCACUGCAUUGAUCCUGGCACUGGUGAGUGAUUGAGCUUUCUGUUUCAGUGUUCUCUGUUGUGCAUAGUUGUUCUCAUACAGUAUACAUGGGUUAAGAAAGAUAACUCUUUUUUUUUUUUUUUUUUUUUACCGUACCAGCUGAUCAGGAAUUUGUAGAAACUUUAAAUGGAAUCUGGAAUCACAGAACUGCUUUAAAUGUGAUAUUUUACUUGGCAUUGACAGUUAAAGAACCAAAUAAAGGCAAAAUAUGUGCUGUGAUGAGUUUUACAGUCAGUGGCAAAACUGCUGCACACUUUGCAACUCUUGAUCAACUUCUAUUUAACAGGUAUAUAUAUACACACUUGGUGUUAGUUAUAAAGUAAUUAAUUAAUAAUUACUAGGGAAUAUCUGUUAGUAAAGCAUCAAAACACACAACUGCAGCCAUUUAUUAUUAUAUGUCUGAAAAGAAUAAUAGGUCUGAGCUGUAACAAAAUAUUCUAUAGUUACAUUUAUAGAAUCACAACUUGGCUAUAAAGAUACGGGGUUAGAAGUAAUAAUAAUAAUAACAAUAAAAAAUAGAUUGUCUUUAAAAUAAUGCUACUGCUAAUGAUAACUUGUCACCUGAGAUGCUACAUAAAUGCUAACUGAAGGAGAUGAAAUACUGUAGUGAUAAUUAGCAAAUUUUAUUUAUUGUUUAAAAUUGUGUUAAGAAAUUAGUGUGAGCUCUCUUUUAUUGCUCAGUCAGUGGUACUGUAGAAACUGGUACAUGUGAUGAUGAUUGAGACUUUUUUGUUUUUCAUCAAACACUAGUAAGAAAGCUCAGAUAUCAGAGCUUCUAUAACACUGAUGGAAAGAUGGUUCACUGGAUAUUUGCUUACAUACUACAACCUUGGUUAAAUUAACACCUCUGGUAAUUUCAACGCAAGAUUAGCUUUACAAGGUUAACAAAAUGUGUGUUUAAUGUGUAAAUAGUAUUACAUCGGGAGGUGUUUCUUUGGCUCCCACUCUACAUUUAAUGAAACCAAAUGUUUGCCUGUUUUACGAGAGCAGGAAGCCGCACUUAAAGUUUCACUGGCAAAAUUCAUCUGUCUGUCUUCCACAUCAAACAUUAAUUCAGCUUUGUCUGUCACGGUAGUGUAUUCAUGUCUCUAAAGCAAAUUUACAGUCUAUAAAACACCAAACAUUUUGAGUUAAUUAAGAUUUAACUUGCCACAGGUUUGACUGCGCCACCACAGGUGACCUACUAUGUUCCUUGGCUCACUUCAACCAACCUGGUCUCCUCCAUCAUGAGAACAACAGGCUGAUUUAAAGUGUUGGAAAUUAUUUUGAAAUAUGGAGCUGUGGAAUAUGACUGAUCAGGCAGCCAAACCAAGCUCAGCUUUGUCUAACUGCACUGUGGAUACAAGUUACCGCUUCACCUUCUACCAGGUGUCCUACAGCGUCAUCUUCCUGCUGGGGUUGGUCACCAACAGCUUGGCUCUGCGCAGACUGUGUCUGUCCCCCUGCACCAUGAACAGCACAGCCAUUUACAUGGUCAGUCUGUCAACCGCCGACUUGUUUUUUGUGAUCUCUCUACCUCUGAGAAUCUACUACUACCACCAAAAGGCUCGAGCCUUGUCCUCCAAGACAGGCGACUGGUCCAGUUGGACUCACGGGGCGGCUUUCUGCCAGAUCACUUUCAUCCUUAAAUACAUCAGCUUAUAUGGGGGAAUCUUUUUUCUGGUGUGCAUUGCUGUGGACCGUUACUUUGCUGUGGUGCACCCCCUGGCAUCAACACUCCGUCGUCGGCGUGUUGCACAGGUGGUAAGUGGGGGGAUCUGGUGCCUGGUGCUCGGGCUCAGCAUGAGUCUGCCUUUGCUGCGCUCAGCAGCCACUCACCAAAGCCAACCCUGUCUGCUGGACCCAUCCUCGCAACGCCAUCGCACCAUCAUCCUGGUGGCCCUGGGCUUAGUGCUGGGGUCAUUUCUGCUUCCCACUCUGAUACUCCUCUACAGCUACUGCAGAGUGCUGAGUGUGCUCAGCCAGUCGAGACACCGCUGCCGUAGCCACCGUCGUGGCCGCCGGCACACCCUCAGGGUUAUCUACUGGGUGCUGGGCGUCUUCCUGCUGUGCUUCCUCCCCUACCACGUCAACCUGCUGGGAUAUACACUCACACACAUGGAGCUGCUGCCCCACUGUGGCCUGGCCAAGGUGACCAAGGCUGUGCACCCUGUGGUUCUUUCCUUAGCCAGUUUCAACUGCUGCCUCAACCCACUCAUCUACUAUUUCUCCAGCAGCCUGGUGCAUAGGGAGGUGCCUGCUGGUGGAGGCAGUGGCAGCCACUAA